AUGUUAGAAGACACUACACCAGAAAACCAAGCGAUGAGGCCCAGCAAUGCUCAUUGGACGACACGUCCCAACAUUGACGCAGUCCCUACUGGAGACAAGACUACAUCGGAGGAAUGGACCACGGAGGAAGGGAAAAAAGAGAUGGUGGCCGAGGAUCGUAAAGUGAGAUCUUCGACAACAGCAACAACGGUGUCGAGCGAGUCGAAGCAGACCGGCAUUUCAAGCAACGUGCAUACCUCUUCCUGUUUUCCCGAAGAAGAGACAGACCCCACAUCGUCGCCGUCGGAGAUGUUGGACGAACCUGACCGGAAGUGCACGGAGUCGCCCAUAGACUCUGACAGAGCAGUGUACGGGUCAAACUCUGUCCAUUCGGAAUCUUCCGAGUCUUCCACGGAAGGCAACGGAUCGAAGAAAAACACGACCGCAGCUGUAGACCUUGACAAGGUCGAAGCCAUGGGAGGUCAGUUCGACGACUUAUGCAUUGGCAGGGAAGCUGCCAGCUUCCACAACCCGGAGAAUGAUAUGGAAGCGCGAUUUAUCAACGACAAGGUUCAGAAGGCAAACACUACCAUAGAGGACAUCGACCUUCGUCCCGAGGUAUAUUUCCGAGAUCCCGGGUCCUCAUUCCAAGUCUCUGCACGACCCAAAGAGCCUUCCAAACUUGCUCUUGACGCGAAAGGCGACAUCGCCUACAGCCGCAAAGUACGUUUCGCACCGGACUCUUUGCUGGACUUCGACUUAGAGGAGGGAUACAACAUUGAAGGGCCAAGAAUGCGCUAUCCUUCCUGUUGCAUCAUCUUGUAG